GUGAAAUAUAGUAGGUAGUAGCAUCUUAAGUGGUUUGUCAAGAGGAUAUUGGCAAUUGUGCAACUCUAAAGAACGGGACUAUCCUUCUUGAAAUAUGUAAUCAUUCAAGCUGCUCUGCAACGAGCAACAUGUACGGCAGUAACGCAAGUCAUGAAGUUGAUAUUCCACUCUGCCUUUGUAAUGGAAUUGUUUCAUAAGUGUCAUGGUGCGUGAACUGAAGGGUACACCCUUUGUCCCAGGCUUGUCAGACCAAGCGUAACCUGACUUAGGCUUACGGAAGGUAGAAAUAAAUUCCUCUGAUUCCGCGUUGGCCGAGCCGGGAUUCGAACUUUGGACCACCGGAUUGGCAGCUGAGCGUGAAAACCACUUGUCCAGCAAGGAACUAAUUCCUCUCAAAAAAUAACAUAGCAAAUGAGUGCAUUGAGAAAUGAAAAGCCCUACUAGCAUGGGGCAGUAAGAUACUGCCUCUCUUGGUUGAUGUCCAUCAUAAUCUUCAGUAAAUUGCUCGUUGUGAUGUAAUAUCUUGAAAAAAGGUGGAAACUCAGUUGCUUCAAGAUGACCAGCAGUGCCAGUGAGACUCUUCCGUUCACAGACAUGGAGGAAAAUGAGAGUGAACGCUCGGACUCUGAACUUCUUAAUAGUUCAGGUUAUCUUCCUGGUGAACCUUUGGUAGAAUGCAAUUCCAAAAAGCAAGGAUGUUGCAGAAGAGUGCUGGAGUGUAUAAAGAUGAUUACUGUGGAACCAAUACUUCUGUUAGACAUCGUAAGCUGGUCUUUACAGUCUUCACUCACCACUAAUUUAUUACUUGAAAAGGUUUGUAAUGAGCGCAACUACACUAGUGAUAUUUGUGCCAAUCUAACUGCAUAUCAAGAUAUUCAAGCAGAAGUACAGCAACAAGUGACUCUCAUAAAUAUGUAUAAAGAUUUAAUAACAGUUGUGCCCAAUGUUUUCUUUGUGUUGUUCAUUGGAGCUUGGAGUGACAAGUAUGGACGGAAAAUCCCACUAACUCUCCCCUUGUGUGGAAGUUUCUUUUCAACUUUGAUACUUUUGGCAAAUGCAUACUGGAUGGAUUUACCGGCAAUAUUCAUUCUGUUUUCUACAAUUCCACAAGUGUUUACCGGAGGAGGUAUGACAAUGAUAAUGGCUGCAUUUGCAUACAUCACUGAUAUUACAAAGCCAAGAUCAAGGACAACACGCAUAGCACUGAUGGACUUUUCUUUUGUGCUUGGGUUCCCACUUGGAAUUUGGCUCAGUGACAUUAUAUAUUAUGAGCUGGGAUAUUUUGGAAUAUAUGGAAUAAGUGCAUCUCUCUUUUUCUUGACCAUUAUGUAUUCGCUAAUAAGAAUUGAAGACACUCGUGGGCCCUUCUCAAAACUGAAUCUUGAAAAUGUGGAAUUUACCCAGCGACCCAAUAACAUGUUAGGAGAUUUGUUUGAUACUCAAAAUAUGAAAGACUCUAUAGCUGUGUGCUCAAAGCUUCGACCAAAUAAUGGGCGUGGUAAAAUCCUUGCUCUUAUGGUCUCUAUGUUCUUAACUCUUUUUACCUUUGGAACUACAAACAUUGCCUACCUCUAUGUGAAAAGGAAAUUUGGUUGGGAUUAUAACCAAUAUGUACACCUAGGAAUUGUGAAAUGCUUCGCUGGAAUAUUAGGUACUGGAAUUGUGCUACCAUUGCUGAGCUACAAGUUGCAAGUGCAUGACUCAAUUCUAGGCAUUAUCGGUUGUUUUAGUUCAGUAGCAUCUUCCAUUGUAACAGGUUUUGCUCCAAAUUCUUGGUAUAUGUAUUUAAGUACUGUUGUUGGUGGGCUGUCAGGAUUAGCAGCUUUAGUAAACCGGUCAAUCUUAAGCAAAAUUGUCCCAGAUGAGGAAAUUGGCAAAGUUUUUUCUAUGACUGCAGCCUUUGAAACAGCAGUACCUCUUAUGUCAAGCCCAGUAUAUACAUUAGUGUACAACAACUCCAUCACAUCAUUUCCAGGGGCAGUUUACUUGAUGACUGCUUUGUUUUAUGUGGGUCCAUUUUGUACAUAUGUAUGGCUUUUCAUCACAAGACGUCUGUCUGUAUUCGAACACCACCUAAUUGAAGAAAAUAUUCCAGACAUAGAAGAUUAGCUGAAUAGCCAAAAAUCAUCUCGGGGACAAUCUUUUUUACAGAUUUUCAAAAAGUAGCAGCACUACUGGUAAAAGGAAAUUUAGUUUAAUUGGAAAUUUAGUUUAAUUGGAAAUUUGCAUAUUUUCUUCAGUGUAAUUGUCACUCCAAGUUAUUUUCCUUGUAUUAAAAUAUGUAUGUAUAUCAGGCAAUAUUCCUUUCAAUUUCCAGUCUGAUAAUUAUUGAUGCCAAAGUAUUGAAUAUAGUAAGUAACUUUAUUCUAUAGUAUGAAAAACUGUACAGUAAAUUUUUUUUCUUUUAAAAAUGAGAAUCAAAGAAUUAAUUUAUUUAAAUAUUAUUAUCUCAGCUUAUGUAAUAAGAAAUGGAGAUAAUAUUAAAUAUCAGUUAUCAAGCGACAAAGUUGCUUUUAAAUUUGUAUUUAAUUCAAAAACAAUCGUUCUUCCAUUACUUUGUAAUGUCAAACAGCAUUUCUCGCGGAAGAGAAAAAUUCCUUUUGAGUCCUUUUUUAUAUUACAGUACGUAUUAGGCAUGAAGUAUUAUCUUGUAUUAUGUCAGGUCUUUCUUAUUAUAAUUUUUGUGUGUUGUGUGUUCACAAUUACAAUCAGUAAAAUUUACAUCUUCUUUUCCUGCAAGAAGUGUAUAAUUCUUAGUGAGAGUAUAAAGUCAAAUGGAUGGAUUUUUAUAGCCCUUUCACAACUGCAAAGAGGUUGUAUUCUUCCAGAAUUGAGAAUCAAGAACAGACCUCACUAAAACAUAUCCCAGGCUUUUUUCAACAAUGGGAAGUGGGAUAAUUUUAAAACCCUUUAUAGUUAUUCAUAUGUAAAUAAACUGUAUUUAGCAGUAUUCAUAUGUAAAUAAACUGUAUUUAGCAGUAUUCAUAUGUAAAUAAAUUUAUAUUUAGUAUAAAGAAUAGAAUGUUAUGAUUUACAUAUACGUACAUGUAUUUUAAUAUCUAGACAUAGCUUCUCUUGCAAGAGAAACAAUUUUUAUAUUUCAGGGAAAAACGGAAUCCUUUGUAUAUCUAAAGUUAGGAAUAAAAUCUUGAAACUUGAAA